CCCGGGCCGCACCGCCCCACGCGCGCACCAGCCAGAUAAUAGCCUAUUAGCGCAAGUGGGAUUAAUUUGUAGCCAAUUACAAGGCGUGAGCUGAAAGGGAAUGCAUAAAUAAGGAGAGAGACCGACGCACACGCCACAGUGUGGGCGCGUGCGCGUGGGCGCGCAUGUGUGGGUGUGUGUCAGAGGGUCCUCAGGGGGCCGGCUGUGAGCCAAAGAAGGUGUUGAGAGCUCGAACGGGGGAGAGAGCGCGAGAGACAGAGGCGACGGGAAGGAGAGAGGGGGCUUCACAAAACUGAAGGAGAGAAAAGGAGCGCGAGCUGGUCCGAGCAGAGAUCCAUCAGCGUCCGUCCCGCUCCGCCUCCAGCUGCUGUCAGGCUGCUAGAGCGCGCGCCCCGCGGUCACCGGGCAGAGGUCGGGCUCCGAGCGCCGCGUAUGCGUGCGUGUCAGCGUGGGACAAGAGCCACGCGCUGCCUCUCUGGAGAAGUUCUGUUACCGCGGAGGAAGAUGCAGAAGAGAGAGCCGGAGGCAGCUGGCCAGAGAGGACAAGUUUAAAGAAGCGGGCUGAAAGUAGCCCUCGGCCAGGCUGGAAGCUCCUCACCUGUCCGUUCAUGGCCGUCCUGCGGGAGCAGAAAGCACCACCUCAGGCUGGACUUGGGCGGGACUCAUGAGCUCAGUUCGCGUCAAGUUGAUCUUCUGACAUGCAUGUCAUACAAGAGUUUUAAAACCAGCUGGACUCAAUUUUUUUCUGCCCUUUUUUUUCUUUACCCUUUUCACUUUUACUUUUUUUUACUUCGCUGCAUUUCAUUCCGGAUUUUCGAUUAAAUAAAGUCUAUGGGAAGGAGGGAGUGAAGUGAUGAACCGAGACAGAGGCGUGGCACCGGGGCCUGGAUCGGACGGGGUCCAAGUGGUGAUAGGCCGGGACAGAGCCGCAGCAGGAGGGCCCGUGGUGGACACCCUGCAGCCCGCGAUGAGUCGGGACAGGCCGGGCAGCGGGGACGGGGUCCAGACAAUGGUGGGCCCAGAGAGCGGGGAGCUGCUGGACGCAGGCGCCACCGGGGAGAAGCGGCUCUUCUCCGUAGCCGGGAGCAGAGAUCCCCAGGCCGUAGAGAACCACACGGAGCCCCCGCCGGUGUUAGCUCCGCCACAACAGGGCCCCACCGGCCACCGUACCACCUCCUUCUCUGUCCUGGACAUCCUGGACCCCAACAAGUUCACGAGCAGCCGACGACACACGCCGCCGCAGCAGCACGUGAGCCACCGCGGGGAGCGCGAGCUGGCCGCGUACGACGCGGAGAACCGGAGGGGAGGCCCCGGAGAGCGCGAGCUCAGCAGCCUGGAGCCCAGCAAGAGCUGCUACGUCGCGGAGGAAUAUCAGAGCAAGGACGGUUACGCAUACCGCAGUCCAGACGAGGAGGACUACCACAGAUCUGGGACUCCAGACUCUGAGGGUCCAGACGGGACCUACAGCAGCGAGGAGAGCAGCUCUGCUCUUCCUAGCAACGGAGACAGAGAGCUGGGCCAGCACAGCCACUCUGACCCCAACAGAGACGCUAAGAGCCCCGGUGGAGGCCCCACAGCUCAGAUCAACAGUGGUCAGCCCAACGCAGGACAGGGAACCAAACCCAAGAGGAAACGCUCUGGCUCGGACUCCAAGUCGGGGAAGCCCCGCAGAGCACGGACUGCCUUCACCUAUGAGCAGCUGGUGGCGCUGGAAAACAAAUUCAAGUCCACGCGCUACCUGUCCGUGUGUGAGCGCCUCAACCUGGCGCUGUCACUCUCCCUCACCGAGACCCAGGUCAAGAUCUGGUUCCAGAAUCGACGGACCAAGUGGAAGAAGCAGAAUCCCGGCGCAGACACCUCGGCCCCCACCGCGGGGGGAGCAGGCGGCACGGGUGGAGGGUCGGGUGGAGGCCUAGGGAGCCUGAGUCCUCUGAGCCCGUCCCCUCCGGUCAGCGGCCACCUGGCCAUGCACGCUGGCUACGCCGGCCACCACCACCCCCCAGCAGGGAGCCUGGUGCAGCUGCCUUUCCUCACCGCCAGCCAUGUCCUGUCUCCGUUUAUGCUGGGGACACAGAGCUACGCUGCGCCUGCCUUCUACAGCACACACCUGUAGAUCCACGCACAGCGGAGAGGUCCGUGCCCAAGAGCACAAGCAGUGGACAUGAACUGCAGCUCAGCACACCUUUUUACUACCAGUAUCUGAAGGCUUUAAAUCAGUGGAUUAUUUUGAUAGAUUGUGAAUAAGUACCAGAACCUGUAAAUACAUCUAUGUUGUAGCUUCCUCCUCUUCUGAAUGCUGUUUGGACCUGCGUGAUAGACCAAUAGUUGAGUUCUUCCUUUCCGUUUGAUCCCACGUCUGUACAAAUACUGAAUGUUUAUUUAAGACUUAAGGAAUGGCUUGAUCUGUUGUCAGUACUGUGUAAUUCCAGCUGUGAUUGUUUUCAUUUCCCUUAUUUAUUCUAUUUGUUCCAGUUGCCAUGAAAUCCCUGGAUGUACUGAAUCCUCAGCCCAACAUGAAACUGUCCUUUGAUAUUAAAAAAGAUGAAUAAUUAAACCAA